UUGCCAAGCUGUGUGUUUGUGAUCUGCUGGUGGCACAGUGUGAUGUCAAUUGCUGCUGUGACCCCGAUUGCAGCGCAGACGACUUCAGCCUCUUUACUACAUGUUCAGUUCCUAUUGUCACAGGUGACAGCCGUUUGUGUAGUCAGAAAGCUGCCACAUAUUCACUUAAUGUUGAAGCAAAUCCACCAAAAAUGAUAUCUAAAUUAAUUGACCAAGUCAAUCCCAGUGUUUUCUGCAUUCAUUCUACAAACUAUAAACAAGCACUCUCCUUCAGUUCCCCUGAAAUGCCUACUUCUGAAAAUUUUGAUCAGUUGCUUAAGCAGUAUGGAAGUUCCACUUUCAGUGUUGAACCUGACAGCUGGAAUGUGAACACAGAGGCUCAAAAUCCUUCUGAUGCGAAUGAAACUUACAGAUACGAGUAUGGUGUUCCUAUACAGACAGUGGAUGCAUUUCUAAGACUGCCUAGUCCUGUUGUCUCCUCCUGGUGCUCUGAUACAAAUCCUGCAGGGUUUUUAGUAAACCAGGCUACAAAAUGCACUAGAUCAGUAAGUGUGGAAAAAUGUGGCAACAUUCAAGCAGUUAGUAUGCUGUUCUAUAUCAACUCCAGCAUUUUAGCAGUGCCCAAAUCAAGUCAGAUGGUUAAUAUUACUGUCCAGUCCAUAGUUGUCCAGUCUCUGAAUGGAACGCAGACUUUACUUAAUGGUAGUGAUGUCCUCAGGCUCCCUAUGAUUUGGGAUGAACUGUGCAUAAAUAUAGUUCUUGGGGUGAGUUAUCACAUUACAUACACGGACGAAGGAGAAAUAAUAGAAGCAGCUGCUUCUUUUGUCUUGGGGGCAAUUAAUGAAGCAGCACUUUCAAUAGAGCAGAGCUUUGCAAUCAGCUUUACUCAGGUGAAUACAAAGCCAGUUCCUCUCAGUGGUAAUCCUGGUUAUGUUGUUGGACUGCCUAUACGAGCGGGCUUCCGGCCACAAGGAUCUGGCAUUAUUCAGAAUACUAACAAAUACAAUCAACUCACCAUUCUGAAAAGUACAUCCCACCAGGACUGUCUGGCAGCACAGGGAGCCAGAACCCCGAUUUUAUUUGGUUAUAACAUGAUAUCAGGCUGUAAGUUACGAAUUACAGCAGCUCUGAAAUGCCAGCCCUUGGCCGAGACCCUCCUAGAUUUACUGAAAGGACAAAGCUUUCCUGAAUACGUGGCCUCAUUUGGAAAUUCUCAAGCCCAGGAUGUGCUCGACUGGGUGCCAAUAACUCACCUCCAUGUCUCAGAACAGACCUCAUGCCAAAUACCAGUGUCACUUGAAAUAGAGGUGAAGUGGACUAAAUACGGAUCCUUAGUCAAUCCACAAGCCAGAAUAGUGAACGUUACAGCAACAAUCACUACCACCACAUUGAAGCAGCUUCCCUCAGGAAGGGAAAGGACUAUUCCUAUAACAAGUUCUGUUGUUUUCACUGAUGUUUCUUCACCUGCAGAGCCAGGCUAUAAAGCUUGGCCUACCAUUAAUGUCAAGUUACCCUUUGAUUUUUUCUUUCCAUUUGUCUAA